AAAUUAAUUUACAUUGAUAGAAGUGAACAUAAAUGUAUUUGAUAAAAGACACAAGUCUCAAAGAAAAAACGUUCAAGAUUUUUAUACGUCCGAAAUAACAUUUCCAGCAGUUUUUUUUUUCGAAUUAUGGUGCUGCGCGAAUAUCUAGAAUAAUCUAGAUACUUUAACGUUGGAGGCCCAGUGUUUUACACGCGAGUGUAAAGAGGUUAUCUUUGGAGUCUUCCCAACGCCGUGUUGUAAAACGAGCAUGCGACGCACGUGAUUGCGACCCGACGUUAAAGUUAGCGAUAAAUAUAAACUGACAGCCGCGAAUGGAGUGCAUCACGAAUUAAAUAUUUUGAAUCGGCGCCGUUAAUCGCAAUGCUAUCAACGACGAUGCUCCGGCGAGCUCUGUCCGGUAAAACGACGUUCUGCUUGGCUCGUUUGUUAUCCUCGAGACAGGUAAACAAAUUCUCUGAUUCCACUGCCGCGAGAGAUGAGAGUAGCGGUACGUCGAAUACCGCGAAUGAGUUGCAGAACGAACCUGCCGCGGGCAACGUUGAGAUUCCUUCGGGCGAGGAGAACGUUUCUCGCCUCCUGAAGGAGGCUGCCACUUACAGCGAUGCCAAGGACACGAGCUGGAUGACGAAUCCUUACCCGGCUGACGCCCCGACCUCCGUCGAGGCUGAGCCUGCCAAGCCGAAAAUCGAUCCUCUAGGCACUUGCAUUGUGCUCUUUCCAGGACAGGGUACCAUUAAAGUUGGCAUGGUGCAAAAGUACUUGCGUUUUCCACAGGCGAGAGAAUUGUUCGAGAUAGCCAAUGAGAUUCUAAACUACAACCUACUGAAACUCUGCCUGAAUGGCCCUCAGGAGAAGCUGGACGAGACCCGCUACAAUCAGCCAGCCACAGUGGUGAGUUCACUGGCUGCGCUGGAGCAACUCCGAGAGGAAAGGCCCAGGGUAUUUGAAACGUGUAAAGCAACUGCAGGCUAUAGCGUAGGGGAACUGACUGCCCUGAUCUUCUCAGGCGCUCUAACCUUCGAGGAUGGCAUCAGACUGGUUUCUGUGAGAGGCGCUGCAAUGCAGUACGCCUCUGACAAGUUUCCUCAGGGAAUGCUAUCGGUCCACUGCACUCCACAGGCUAGGUUAUCGGAGGCGUGCAAGGACGCUCAGAAGUGGGCACAAGAUUGUGGUGUGGAGGUGCCAGUUUGUCAGGUGGCAAUAUAUUUGUAUACUCAAUCAAAGAUCCUGGCUGGAAAUAAUGAGGCUCUCGAGUACAUAGAGAAGAAUGCGAAUAAAUACGGACUUUCAAAGUUGACCAGGUUGCCAGUGUCGGGUGCGUUCCACACGAAAUUGAUGGAACCAGCACUUAAGUCCUUCGGCAAGAUGCUCCACACAUUAGAAUUCAACGAAUUUAGAUGUCGGGUCUAUUCCAAUUACAAGGGACAUGAGUACGGCAACACGGCGUUAAUUAGGAAGUACUUACCGAAGCAAAUCGUCUCACCCGUGAGAUGGGAGCAGAGCAUGCAGCUGCUGUACAACAGAUCUCCGGGAACAGCCUUCCCGCGCACCUUCGAUGUAGGAUCCAGAGGAAGAAUGUCGAUGAUCUUAAAGUUAAUUAAUGCAAAGGCACACGAGCACUGUAUAGUCGUGUAGUCUCUUUUGUAUUUUUUAACAAUAUCAAAAGAAAAUCUGAAAAGAUACUUGACAUUA